UCGACUUGUCGACAUGUCCAUCUGUUGUUGUAUCAUCGUUUAUCAGUGGAUUCAAUUGGUGUCUUACUGAUCUGCAGUCGUGCCCCACAAGUGCAAGAACUGCAGUUCACUUGUUAACGACAACGGGAGGCUGCAAUCUGUGUAUAUUGUCAAUCAUCUGCAUCGACCAUCUGAGAAGUGCUGAUAUCUGUAGCAACAAUCUCAACGAGAUCUACGUGACCGAGUCGCUUGUUUUUUUCGAGUCGCGUACUUCUGCUGACUUUAUUGCCAUGGCUCAGGAAGAAGACUGGGACAUGUGGGUGUCUAUCAUACGCUCGUGCUGUUUGACAUCCAAAAAGCCGCUUACUUUGUAUGAAAUUGCAAGGGAUGUCAAACAGUUGGAGGACAAAGAUAUACCGUAUAAAACUUUUAAGUUCAGAUCUCUGGAGGACAUGAUCAAAAACAUUCCCAGCUUGAAAGUAUUCAACCAGGGUGGUUCACUGGUUGUACAAGCUAAUAUUAGUGAAGAAUCUGCACAUAUAAGCAAGAUGGUACAACGACAGAAGACUUCUAAAAAGAAAAGUCGUACUUUAGCUCCAAGGGCAGCGAAUCGAUACAAUGCAAAUACUCGUCGACCCAUCAGACCUAGUUACAACAAAUGGAAUUCCCAAAACAAUUACGUGCCAAAUAGGCCAAAUGGCCAAUAUUCUAGUCCUCAAAAUCAGUCAUCAUACAACAACCGUAGUCAACAGCAGAAUGGUGAGCAAUGUAAACGAACGAUAACUUCACCAGCGACAAUGCAGCAAACAACAUCUUGUCAAGUGUCAUCUCCACCAAUACCAAAGGGGGUCAGUUACGCCUCAAUGUCUCCAUCUACUCCUCAGCCGAAGACUGCUACCACUGCUCCAAGCUUCUCAAUAACCUCUGUACAACAGAGGAUAGCACAGACGAAGACUGAAACACCAGUACGUCACAGUAUAUCACAACCAACCCAGCAACAGAGACUAAGUCCAACAGCUGUAUCUCAAACUCCACAAAUCAAGUCACCACAAAUAAACUUUACACCAUCUCCGGUGAAUACAGCUCAAAAAUCGAAAUUGCAACAGAGGCUUACAACGUCCACACUGUCGCCAUCAUCUUCAAAUAUACAGGAAAGACUCAACAUUCAGAAACAUGACACUACAGUUCAACCAAUGCAUGAUCCCAGACUGAUAUUGAGUAGCUAUGUAAAAGCUAGAAAACUACCACUGCCAAUUUAUAAAGAUAUUCCCUCAAAAGAUAAGAACAUCUACUCAUCUGUUACUGUAAAUUCGAAGAAAUACAGCUCAUAUCCGCGUGAAGCCAAGACAAAAGAAGAUGCAGAAAAGUUUGCAGCACAAGCUGCUCUUGCAGAAUUGCUGGACAAGAGCAACAUCCCCCAGACUGAGACAUCAAAUCAUAGUCUUAUCAUGCAAAGAAUUUUAGAUAUUGUUCAUGCCCAUCCAAAUGGUUUGUUUGAAUCAAGCUUGGUGGCAAACUAUGUAGCCAAGUACAACGAAAGAUUGCCUUCAACUUGGCUCAAACUGGUUGAGCACACGAUAAAUAUCGACAUUGGAGCGAACAAUUUGACAAUUCUUAGUCCUCAACAAGAUUCUGUAACUCGGCAAAGUAGACCAACCAGCCCCACGAUUACCGAAUUGCCAACAGUGAGUCUUUGCAAUUUAGAUGAAUUUUAUAUCAAGAUAUAUGUGGUUUACAGUACCACGGAUAUCUGGGGAGUAAUCAUCCAUGAGGAAAAUAGCGAUAAAAUUGAUGACUUAGCUAAAGAUAUGAAACAUUUCUAUGAUAUAAACGAAGCAAUCCCAGCUACCGUUAUCCCUGGUCAAUACUACGCUGUAUAUGAUUUUGCUUGGCACAGAGUUCGCUGCGUCAAAGUUGAUACAGAUGCAAAGGUAGCAGAAGUUUUUUUCAUCGAUCGUGGGGACCACGAUAAUUUCAAGUUGUCGCAGCUACGUGAUCUCAGUGUUCAAUUCUGCAAGUUGCCUGCUCAAGCAAUACAAAUUUCUUUAGUUGGACUUGAACCGUUUUCCAAAUGCAUUGAAAUGCAGGUUCUUCUUGAAGAGACUAUGCUUGAAGAAAAUGUAAAUGUUUAUGUCAAAGUUGAUUCUAUUAGACAAGCUGGUUUUCCUUUACCAGUUACCUGUUACUUUGAACUUGAUAAGGAUACAGUUGUGGAUAUAAAUGAAGAAAUGAUCACGAAGUUCAUGUCUGAAGUAGCUAAUCCCCAAAUUUACAUGAAAUCUAAUAUGCCAGUUAGUGAUGUGUACAUAUCAGAAAUUAGAAAUAAACAAGUUUAUAUACAAGUAAAGUCAACAGGCUUAGAGUUGUUGAAUGAUAUGAUCACAGAUUUAGCAAAAACUUGUUUGGACAUCAAACCUGUAAAACCUGCUGAAAGACUGGAAAAGUUCAAAUUAUAUUUAGUAAAGCAUAACGACAAAUGGAGAAGGAUAAAAUUAGUAAAAGAAUUUCCUGACAAAGCUCAAGUUGUCUGUGUCGAUGAAGGAACUAUAAUCGAUGUUCCAAAAGACAGUUCGGUUUCCAUAGAAGAUGUUUCACCUGUACUGGCAAUGUUUCCUUAUCAGGCUAUUCAAAUCCAUUUACAUAAAAUUUCUCCACUUAUGUUCGACGAGAAGAUGGCAGCGCAUCUACGAUUCCUUGCACCGAAAGAUGAUGUAUUCAUUAUGAAGGUCGUAGGUGAUCUUGAAUUGAUACCCAGGGUGGAGUUGUACAAGAGAACGGAAAACAAUUAUUUAGCUUCACUAAAUGACACUUUAGCUUUAGAACCUGAAAUAUCAUCGAAAAUAGACGACAACAACAAUGAUAAAACAAAAUCACGCUCAAGAAAGGAUCGAAAAUCACUAAAUAAUCGCAACGAGUUCCCAUUGAAGAUACCAGAAAUUCCACCAAUUAACCAGUAUUUUGAUGUUAUUAUCACAAUGGCUGCUCAUCCAAGCAAUUUCACAGUUCAACCUUUACAUUCUGUUAAUGAACUGAAGAAAUUAAUGUUGGAUCUUUCAGCAGUCUGCAACGCGUACAAUGGUCCUCCUCUUACAUCAAGCAAUGUAAAAGUCGGGAGCAUGUAUGCUGCAAGAUAUGAUAACGAUGGAAAAUGGUAUCGAGCAUAUCUUUCCAAAAUCCUUGGAAAGACAAUAUGCGCAGUUUACUUUUGUGAUUAUGGAGAUUAUAGAGCUGUGUCUUUGGAACAUUUGCAGCCUUUAGCCAAUCAAUUUUAUGACUUGCCUUAUCAAGCCAUCAAGGCCAAGUUACAUGGUAUUAUCCCAAAAUUAAAAGGUGAUUGGACGGUUAAAGACUCAUUAAGAUUUAAUGAAUUAGUUGUUGAUAAGUCAUUUGUGUCGAUCGUGAAGAAAUGCGAAGUUGAAAAUACAGUGGCUGGUGAAACAGUUUUAAGUCUUGAAUUGAUCGAUACUAGCACAGAUGAUGAUGUCGACAUUAUUCAACAGCUUAUCAAAGAAAAAAGGGCUGAAAAAAUUGAGGACUGAUUUUAUUCUGUUUACUGUCGAUCGCCAAAUAAAAUAGUAUUAUAAUGAUUUAAAUUAUUUACUUUAUUUUUAUAUUGAUUCCAAAAAGAUUGUAAUAAGCGAAAACGAGCUAAAGAUUAUAGUUUAUUUUAUAUAGAAAUGUGUAUUUCUAGUUAACAUCCUGACGGUCUAUAUGAGUGAAAAAUAUGGUUCUGUAUUUUUUUCAUAUAA